GCUGAAAUUUGGAAACCAGUUAAGAUAACGCUACCGCGAACUAAUUUCCGAUUACGCUUUUCAUUGAAAAGCUCCCAUAAACUGGACAAGUUUGCAGUACCAGUGAAUGAAAAAUGGGGAAAGAUUGCUUUUCAAAAGUCGAUAUAUUGCGUUUUUAAACUUGAGACUAAACGAAACAUACUGCUUGAAGUAUAGUUGGUAUUCUACAUUGUACCACUGUGAUAAUGUCUGGUUCUGGUGUUAAGGGUUCCAGAUAUCAGUAUGAACUUCAGGGGAACUUCUCUUGGACUGAGUAUCUGAAAGACGAAAAUGCAAUACCUGCUCCUGAUCAUUGCUUUAAACAGGCCAAAGAACCGCCUCAGAAUGAUUUCCGAGUGGGCAUGAAGCUGGAAGCUGUAGACCCCCGAAACCUGACGUCGAUUUGUGUUGCCACAGUUGUUGCGACCCAGGGUUCGAGAGUGAGAUUGCGACUGGAUGGCAGUGAUAAUUCCAAUGAUUUCUGGCGACUGGUGGACUCUGCGGAUCUGCAUCCUAUCGGAUACUGUAAAAACAAGGGAGGUCUCCUGCAGCCACCACUGGGAUUUCGAAUGAACCAGUCAUGUUGGCCAUCAUUUCUCAAGAAAGCUCUGAGUGGUGCUGAAAUUGCAUCAGACAAAUGCUUUAAGAAGGAGCCACCAGGCCCGAAAACCAAUGAAUUCAAGAUUGGUCAGAAGCUGGAGGCUGUCGACAGGAAAAACACUCAGCUGAUAUGUCCGGCUACGGUUGGAGCAAUAAACGGUGACCAGAUUCAUGUGACAUUUGACGGCUGGCGAGGAGCAUUUGACUACUGGUGUCGGUACGACUGCAGGGACAUAUUCCGUGUGAGGUGGUGUGCUGACAGUGGCCAUCCUUUGCAGCCACCAGGAAAGAAAGGUUUGCCUCAAUACAAGAUAAAUAAGCUGAUGAAACAACCAGAACUGCUGCAAACGUCCAGUCCAGCUGCAGAGAUGAACAACAGCCAACCACAAACUAUGCCUACCAGCCCCACAGUUUCGCCCGAUAAACAGCAGCUGUCACCCAGAGAAGCUGCUUCUCCUGUGAUCACUGUAUCAGAACCAGACACCAGUUCCACGCCUAGUUCUGCUGCAGUGUGUGUGUAUGUAAACUCGUCGUGUAACUGUGGGAUGUACCUCAAUCCCCGGCGGGUGUCAGGGAUGUCACCGCAGUAUGGUCCGGGCUCCAUUGUGCGAGUUCUCCGCGAAGUUGUACAGGCGUGUAUUGACUGUGCCACACAGGAGCGCACUGUUUUCAACAUGAUCAAAGAAGGCAACGGGAAAGUGGUAGUUACAGCAAAUCACGGCAAUAAAACCAACACAAAGAGAGUGAUCUCAGUAGAGAAAGUGUCGAGCUUUUGGAGCUUUUUAGAGCGCCUUACUGAAGACCUGGGCUGUUGUGAGAAUUUCUUCUCCAGCCAGCCUGUGAAGUCAAGCUGUCCAAAGUGCAGCAAGAGUAAAACAGCUGAUGAGAACCAGUUUGAAUUCCCUACCAGUGCAUCAAGGCGUCGGUGGUCCACGGAAUCGGGAGACAGCACAAAAACGUCCAAACCACCAAAACAAGCUCGACGCUUUUCUACAUACGAAGCUGAAGCGAGUUCGACAACUGAAGAUAAUCACACGGUUAUUCGAUCAAGAAAGGCCUCGGGUGAUGUGAAUGACUGGACGAUAGAAGAAGUGAUAAGUUUUCUCGCUGACACAGACACCAAUCUCGGCCAGCAUGCUGAAUUAUUUCGCAAACAUGAGAUUGAUGGAAAAGCGCUCUUGCUGUUGAACAGUGAGAUGAUGAUGAAGUAUAUGGGUUUGAAGCUUGGUCCGGUCCUCAAGCUGUGUAACAUCAUUGAGAAACUCAAGAAAGGACUUCCUUUGAAGUGAACGAUGCCACGGUCGUAUUGGACGUCACAUGAAUCUCAUCAAUCAGGUCUUUACAGUCUAACAGUCAAUAAACUUUAUCACAGUUUGAGAGCAAAAUUAUGAAAGAAGGGAACAUUUUCAUGGAUUCAUAAUAAUGUUUUUUGUCCAGCUUGAUAAUAGGUACCUGAUAAUUAAUAUUCCAGUAUUGUAUAUUAAAUAUGUCACUACCACAAGUUACUACAGCAUUCGAAAUAAACAGUGGAUCAUUUUAGUGACAAGGUUAAAGGUUGUUUUGUUUAACGACACCACCAGAGCACAUUGAUUUAUUAAUAAUGAAAAUCUGCUCAGACAAAUUAAAUGUCCUUCAAAGGUUAUCAGGUAGACAAGUAGAAAUACACGGUCGCAAUCUUAUUUUGAGCAUUCUAUUACAGAAUCUGACUUUAAAUGAAUAUAACAGAUUCUAGCUCUGAAGAAAUGAAUAGCACUUCACCCAACUCCCUCCUGUCCAUAUUUACGUGUAUAUUCAUGUACCUGUAGAAGAAAAUACCUGAAUGUGUUGAGAGUGUAAGAAAAAUGCAGGGGAGACAAUAACUCACUGAUAUAAUGGUUUAUUUCUUUUACUGUUGGAAGAGAAAUAUUGAAAUGUGAGGGUUUUGGGGGAUUUUGUUUUUCUUUUGGAUGUUUUAGUUUUUUUAACUAUAUUACUGUUAUGUAACUAAUAUAAUAAACAAGAUUUCCUGUGAGGUAUUGUUGCACUGAUAAGCACAUUAAAUGUGAUAUAAAACUAUUAUAGACUAACAGUACUCGAGAUCCUGUUGACUGGACAAAAAGCUCUAGGUGUUUACAGUUCAGAAUACUGUGAGGUUACAAAUGUUUAUGUUUAAUUAUCUUCUGUUUUCUUACUGAUUUAUUGUUUCAAUGCAUACCCUUAGUUUAUGAAGCAUUCUCUCUGUAUAAAAAUAUCACUGUACUUGACUUCACGAAGUAGAAUGUGCUUCAAACCAGUUAACCAUCUAAAAGGUUGGGGUAUUUUGUUUGUUUAAUUUCAAAGUUUAACUAGACGACUGUCCAAGUUACCUUUCUUAAAUUUACUAUUUAUUUCAAUUACUUUAGAAAACAUUAAAUAACAGUAUAUUGCAGUGUAUAACAGGUUCAAAUUGUAAAUAUUCUUUUGUUAUAAAUGCUUGGAUUGGUUCAAAUCAUAUCAUGUCUUUAAAAAAAUCUUGACGACUGCAUGAACCUGUUUUCUCUACUUUUGGCAAGGAUUAAAAAAGUAAAUGGAUAGUUUUUUUUUUUAUUGUUUUCUUUAUUGUUGUAAAUUAAUCAGUUAAAUGUAACUGUUAACAUUAUUUGUUAAUGUUGAAUCAGUAAAUGUAUUUGUAUUUGAAAUAACAUGCAUACAUUGUUUUAUUUUAUUUUUUUAAUUUCAUAUAAAAAUGUAUGAAUUACCUCAUUCUGCUACUGAUGAGAAAAAACUGACCCAUAGAAUGGGAAUUCCCUUUGUAUCAUGUAUUAAUUUCCUGAAGAAAGAGUGAUUAUUUGAUAAUAUUUUAUAUUGAUGUAAUAAUAAUUUAUACACAUGGUACUAUAAAAAUUGAAUGUUAUAAUUUUGUAUGUUCAUGGAAGUAUGAACUAAAGACUACACAUUAUGCCAUUCAGUCAUCCAAAAUGAUCACGUUCAGUUCUUAAGUGAAUGUGAGAAUAUAAUAAUGUUUCAUUGUGAAUUUUAUCAUUUAAUUUGUUGAGAUAAACUUUAAAUAAAAUGGGAGAUUUUUAAUGAGAAUAUUGUUUACAAAUUCAAGGUAGUGAAUACUUGAUGCAUUCGUUAGACUGUUAAUUUUUUUUUUUUGAGAUAAAGUAAACAAAACCUGAAAUUUUUUAAUAAUUAAAAUAGUGUUUGCAAAUUCAAUAACCUGUGUUUGAAAUACAAUGCAGUUAUUUCAACUGGAUUUAGCAAUGGACACAAAAUAUAAUACAGUUAUUUCAACUGGAUUUAACAAUGGACUGACAAAAUGUACCAGAUAUAUAUAAUUAAUUCUAGUGUUGUGAUCAAUUGAGAAGAGUAAAAGGCAGUCUUACUCUGAUUUGCACCCAUGUCAGGAUUAUAGAGAUGAAAACUUGUGUAAAUAUGGAAUAGAACACAAUACUGAUCAAUAUUAUUGAUGAGGAAAGAUUGUGAAAAAAUACGAAAAUAUGUUCAUUUUCUUUUACUUUUUUGUUUUUUUGUACAGAAAAUGCAAAAUCAAGCAAUAAUUAAAUGAUUUGGUGUGCAAUUAUACCAUUAAAAAACACUUGAUGGAAUAGUUAAUAUUUGAUAUGCUAAUAAAAUGUCAUAUUUCUAUGCCAGGAACAUAUAGAAUGAUGGGUAGUGACACAUAGUGUUACCCGUGUCAGUGUGUCUUAACAUAUCUUUCAAUAUCAUUACUAAAUAAUUAUGAAUAUUUUUUCAAAAAUAUAGUGAGUACAUGUGAUUAUUAAGUACAGGUGUUUAUUACCUCUCAGGUCAUGUUUGACCCUGUACAGUAAUUCUGCAAGAAGUUUAUUCAGUUACAAAAGUUGUAUCAUUUCAUCGUACAAAUUGGAAACAAAUGUGUGUAAAUUAAAUUGUGUGUGUUAUGGUGUAGACUUACAGUGUGGACUGAAACAGGGAAAGCAAAUAGGGCAGUGUGAUCGUGUGGAUAUUGUCUGAUCCUGGAUUGAUACGGCAUUCCAUCCGUUUGUAUUUGUAGGUUACAGGUUUAGGAAUAUAUAGCCAAGGUUAAACAUCUACAUGGGGGAUAAAGUGGAGCUAAGUUGUACAACUAAAAUGUAUUCUGGGUUAUUUUAACUCUGCAGUCGUACCAGGAUCAGACUGUUUUUAACUUGAGCUCUGCAUUUAUGUUCCUGUGUAGACCAAUAACCCGGGUUAAAUCAUAGUAUUUUGACUCCGCUAUAUAUAGACAUUGAGGCAGAUGCUCAUGUACUUCCAUUUCUAAUAGCAUGUUAAAACUGCAAAAACAAAAAAUCUAAAUGAUGAUUUAAAGAAAAAAUACUGCUAAUAAAUAAGGUGAAUCACACAGGGCCAUAUAUGAAUGUACUUUGUUUUUUUAAAUGUGUUUUUCUUCUAUAUAGCAAAUAGAGUACCGCUAAUAUGUCAUCAAGCAAUUUUAAAAUUCAGUAGCGUCAUAGACCAAAGACAUUAACCUACAAUAUUUUAAUAUGCCGUGUAGAUGCAAGAUGUUUAUCAAUUUAUCCUACAAUCACUCUAUAUAUUGGUAACAUACAAUGUGAAUGACUAUUAAAUAAACUUCUGUAACGGUUAUUUAUUAUCUUUUGCUGAUAUGAUAUGAUGCAAACCUCAGUUGUUGUUCAAGUGAACUCCAAACUGAUUGAUUAAAGUGCUACUCAUUUUUUGAGGGUCUUUUUAUCCAAUUAAGGAUUUUCUGUUAUUUCUUUUACAUUUAUUUGGGUGUGAAGCUGUUAUCACAUAAAUUUGCGGAUGAUUUUUUGAUAUAUACCCAGAUGAACGUAAAAGAAAUAACAGACAAUACUUACCUAUUAAAUUUGAAUCAUACUUGCUAAUAAAAAUACUGAAACUUCAUAUUUAUGUUAAAUUAUUUUUGGUCCGAUAAACAAUAAUGCUCUGUAUGACAACUUGCCCGUAAUUUUUACGUUUAUCAAGAAAUGAACAAACUCCUGUUGCUACGUCUGGACCAAUGCGAUGACGUUUUGUUGUAAUGAAUGUAAGGGAAAUUUAUUCUAUUAGCAAACUAAUGUUUAACAUCCCUAGUAUGAAAAACUAUCAAGUAAGUGAUUUUUCAAAAAGCAGAUAACAUAUGUGUUUUAAAAAAUCACCUGCAUGUUUAAUGAAACAGAAACCAGCAAUGUGUGAGUUAAUUGUUUUGAAUAUCACCAGUUAUUUUCAUAGAUAUCUUUGUGUGAACCUUUAUAUGCACUGUUUUAGUAACCUCCAUUUAAAAAAUCACCUGCAUGUUUAAUGAAACAGAAACCAGCAAUGUGUGAGUUAAUUGUUUUGAAUAUCACCAGUUAUUUUCAUAGAUAUCUUUGUGUGAACCUUUAUAUGCACUGUUUUAGUAACCUCCAUUUAAAAAAUCACCUGCAUGUUUAAUGAAACAGAAACCAGCAAUGUGUGAGUUAAUUGUUUUGAAUAUCACCAGUUAUUUUCAUUGAUAUCUUUGUGUGAACCUUUAUAUGCACUGUUUUAGUAACCUCCAUUUAUCUUUGCUUCAAGUGAUAAACAUUUUGUGUCCAUCUAAUUAUGAAGGAGUCAAAAGUACAACCAUAUGCAAGAUUUUACCAGUAGGUGUAUUUUUGUGUGUGUAUAUAUAUACAUAUGCCUAUGUUUGGUGUAUAAAUAAGUUUAAAUGUGUACAUAAUCUGAAUGAAGUUCUGAAAUAUUUAUAAUAAAGUAUUACCAAGCUUUAAUAAUAAUAACUGACUGUGUGACUGCUCCAAUUGUUUGUGUUUGUCAAUUCAUAUAGAAUUACUGUAUAUUGUUAGUAUGUAGUGGCUAAAUUUAAUAAUUUUCAAAUCACGGACUAAAAUUAUUGUAUUUGUAACACCUUGAUUCCACAUGUAAGAUUUGGGGUUUUUUGGUGACUAUUAGAAAAAGCAUUGUGAUGUGUUUUGUUGUUGUCUGAUACUUAAACAACAGCACAUGCUAUUAUUUAUUCUGUUUUUUUCAAAUUCAGAAUAUUUCAUGGAUGAUUAUCAUGUUCAUAGGUAUGACUGGCAUAAAGCAAAAAGAAAAAAGUGUUAGUCAUUUCAGUUUUAUUGACUGCCAUUAAAUUAUGUGCAUGUGAUUUAUAACAUGAUAGAAGUACAUUUUGUCAGGGGAGGAAGAUAUAUGACUAACUCACAACAACUGCUUGAAUUUGAAAUAAUUAUAUUUGCAGAAACAAUUGUAGGUUUAUGAUGGCGGGGGUGGGGGGAGGUAUGGGUGGUGGAUAAAAGCUCUAUUCACUGUUUUUGCUUUUGUGUAGAUGGAUGGAAUGUUCUGUGGUGGCAUUAAAUAUCUCUACAUGUAUUGGAGUGGGGGGUGGGUUGAGUCAUACUCACUGGGAAAAUAUAUUGAAUGGGGAAAAGGAGAAAAUUUGAUCUGGGAUGGCUUUCAACCCCCGAAACCCUUCCCCUGCACACACGCCUGCAAUGUACAGCUUCUUAGUCGUAUAACAUGCAGCCAGUACCGUAAUGUUUCUUUAAUAAACAGAGUCCACUUGGUAAUUGUAGAGAAAAAGAUAUAUUUUGAAGGAGGGUGGGGGUAGUUAUAUUAUCAUUGUACCAUUGUUGGGAAAUAAAUGUUAACAAGUAUUGGAUGUUCAGAAUGCUCCGUGUCAUUUAAAGGGACUGUUCCCAAUUUGCUGCCAUGGUAACAUUUUCCCAACUUCCUAGUAUACAUGUUUUCAUAGGUACUAAAUUACUUCGAGGUGAAAUCAAUUUUGAGCUACUACAAACAUUACGAUGACAGGAAACAUAUUGUAUAUACAGAUACUAAUAUUUUUAAAGAAUAAAAUAUAUUUAAUAUUUGAUUUUAGUUGCUGAAGAUAUUUGGUAUUUCUAUCUAGAACUUUGCUUGAAAUAGUAAAACAUUAUUAUUAUUUUUAUUUUUUAUUUAUUAUUAUUAUUUUUUGUAAAGCAGCAAACUCAGGAUGUUCCCUUUCAAAUAACUUCAGAUAAUACUUGUCCACAUUUGUCACGCUGUUUGUUCUGGGUUGAAUGUAUACGGUAAUAUUUAACAUUUAGAAUUUGAAAUGUAAAUUUAUUAACACGAAUAAAUGGCCAUGUAACAGGAUGUGUAAUAUUUUUAUAACUGUGAUUGUAUGACAAUGUAUAGCACAUAUUUUUGUUUUUUUUCUGUUGGUUGUGCUUCAUAAUGUUGCUAAUAAAUAUCCUUCUUUUGUGAACUCCACGAGAAUUUGAUCACGACUUGUCAAGCAGAUGACAAUAAAAGAUGCUUGUAAAUACAUAA